CGUCGCCGGGUCAAUUAAACAAAUCAUUCUCACCUUUUUGCUGUGCGUGGUGUCUUCAAAUACAAAAAACCUCCUGCCUACUACAGCAGCUAUCUACCAUACUACCCCGAAACCCAGGGCCGCAUUCGACCACUGCAACCUCUCUGCUCUCGAGUUGUACAGUGUCCAAUCUUGAUUACCUUGAAUCCGAGAAAAACUGAUUUUCUUUCUUCUUACCCCCCCACGACCGAGGAGCUCACGCAUCCAGCCAAAAGUUGAAGCUUCAAAGAAGGAAAGAAAGAAAGUGUCCCAAUAUCGCCGCGCUGCUAUCCAUCAGUCUCACAGCGCCCUUUGACCACCCCGAGGCCCCCUUCCAUUGUCUUCAACCAACUUGUUGACGUUGUCUGACUGCCCCGGCCUGCAGACAUUGGUAAUUGGAAGGUCCAAGGCUUGGCGGCCCCUUGCAGCAUCUGCCAUCAACGCAGGGGACUGGGGAACCGGUUCCAACUAAUCGAUGGAACUUUGAAGUUCAAUAAAUUUGUCGCAAUUGAUCUUCGUCCACACUUCACGACCUUCCUCGCCCGCAACCGCACGCACACGAAUCCGGCACCUGCGCCGCCCUCUGAUCUGGCAAUCUUGAUUACGUCUGCCAAAGUCGCCCUCCGCUACACCACCCAAACAUUGGUCUCGGUAGAUGUCUACCCACUUCCACCACCCGGGCCCCUGACCUCUCUGUUUACUUACGACCUCCUCAACCCCUCCGAUCCCCGAGCUCCAUCAGACCUCUCUACCUCAAGCGCAUGUGCUAGCGCUUUCGCCCACGCACACAAUGUCGCCUUCACCACCGAAGCAUACCGCGAGCUUCAACACUGCCGACCAGCACAAUCUCAGCGAUCCAGUUACUGGAGACUCGUCGCCCUCACGGCCCUCGAAGCGUCGCAAGAAGGACGACGAUGCGCCGACCGAUCUCGCCGACGAGGCCGACUCGUCAUUAGUUGCCGACCAGUCAGCUCUAGACAUGAACGACGAUGACCAGGUGGUGGCACGCGUCAUACAGUAUCUUGAGAUGCCCAAGAAUGUUCAGGCUAGCAAGGACCACUCCAACAGCAUCCACGAGUCGAGCCAGGGCGUUCAGGCCUUUGCUAAAAUCGCGGCCAAUGACUGGACCUACUACAUCAUGAGCCUCAAUGUCAAUAUCGGUCGCUCCUCCGAACCUAUACAAGCUACCACCGGCCAGAGCCAGGAGGAAGACCCCAGCAAAGUGGUACACAUCGACCUUGGCCCCAACAAGCAGGUUUCUCGCCAGCAUGCUCUUAUCUACUUCAAGUCCACAGAGGAGCAGUGGUGGUUGCGCGUCAAGGGCCGCAAUGCGCUCAAGGUUGAUGGUGUCCCGUGGAAAGUGGGCGACGAGGGGCCUCUGAGAAGUGGCGAGGUCAUCGAGAUUGGCGGUAUGGAGAUGAUGUUUGUUCUGCCUGCCGAUAUUAGUGCUCUUCAAAUCAAAAGGGACUAUCUCGAGCGAGCCGGCAUCGUUCCCCCAGACUCGCAGGUUUCUCCUCGCCAAGCUCGCCAUCCCCUUCCCUCAGCAGGAGAAUCGCAUGCUUUUCAGGCCGUGUCUCCGACUAGCAAGGCCGCCCCCCGAAACCAAGGACCGCAGAAGGCAUUGGCUCCAGCUCCUCCAGACUACAGGAGAGGCGUCACUCCUCCCCUUAACCUUCCCCGACCGCCGAUGCACAGGCCGGUUCACGAAGGUCUGGCAGGUCCGCUUGUCAUGACCAACAACGAGGUAGAUCUUAGUCUCGACGAAAACCAACACAUCAAGCCACAGUUCAGCUAUGCACAAAUGAUCACGCAGGCGAUCGUGAACACGGAAGACCAGAAGCUCAAUCUCUCCGGCAUCUAUCAGUUCAUCAUGAACCGCUACUCAUACUAUAGGCAUCAACCCGCUGGUGGCUGGCAGAACUCGAUUCGACACAAUCUUUCGUUGAACAAGUCAUUCGAGAAGGUCGCAAGGUCGACAGACGAGCCUGGCAAAGGCAUGAAGUGGCAGAUUGUUGCCGACGCCCGUGAAGAUAUGAUACGCAAUGCGUACCGAGGCGGUCGUGGUGGACAUAGAGGCACCUCUAACCCAGCUUCUCCUAGCGGGCUGAAUUACAUCACGCAGGGUCCGAAGGACAUGGCCGCUAAGGAGCCUGCGUCGUCUCGUAAGCGGAAGAUUUCGCCUUCUGACUCGCCACAGCCACAACCGCACCCAACACUGCGCGACUCGCAAUCAACGCCUGUGCGCGCCGCCCAGCGCAAACCUCUCCCUGACAAAGCAGAGGAUGGCACGGAGGCUAGCCCGCUGUCGACGAUCCGGAAGCCUGCGACAAUGAGUACAUUGGGGAUAGUGGAGGAUACGCCUGCAUCGCCGACGUUGGGACCGUCGUACCUGCAGGAAGACGGUGCGUCUCUCGUUACGCCGGCUCCAAACCGAGUUAAUCCCCGGCUUGUACCCCCCAGCACGGCCCAACGGCCUAGUCAACACAUGCCGACUAGCUCACCCGCCCCGUUCUGGAGAUAUGCCGAUAUUUCAAGUACGCCGCUAAAGCCUGCUCAGUACGACGCCAGCCCCUCCAAAACACACGGGAACCUGCCAUCGCAGAGCAGCAGCCCCCCACCACCGGCGCGGAGUAAGUCGCCUGCCGGGAGUGCAAGUCCGUCGAGAACAACCAGCCGGGGCGCCACGGUCGGCGUAGAAGAAUCCCCGAGCCCUGCCGAGGAAGAGGAGGACCGGGCUUUCGAUCUUACAAAGGGAUUUCAAAGCAUCGGUAGUUAUCAUGCUCCUGUCAGUCGUGGCAAGGAGGUUCAGCCGGCUGGAAAUGGCGAUGUGCCCUCUAUGGCGCCACUGAGCUCUUAAAAGGGCAUGGAGUCGAGAGGGCAACUACAAUACCGAUGUCGCGAUAUAUACAAGAACGCGGCUAGGGCCAUUUACGCAUCAUUUGAGUGGGCUUCUUCUAUUCACACAUUUUGCAUCAUCAUCCUUCUCUUCAAUUCUUUCUUGUCGUUUGCUUUAUGAAUUUAUCAUCAUUAAUUCAAGUUUUUUUUUUCCUUUCCCCCCCCCAAGGCUAUUCGUUACGUGGUAUUAAUUCCUUAGUUCGUGUCUUGUGUGAUACCACAAGGGAUGGUUGGACUGGAUCAUCUCAAUUUCCAGGAAAGCCUAAUAGCUUCCUGCUUUCGGGGCAAAUGAUUCUCUUUUUUUGUCAUUCUUGUUCUGCUUCUUACGUCUAAGUUGUAUUAUUUCACUGGUUCUGAAUGCGGGCAAUGGUUUGAGUGCAGCAGGAACAAAACACAAAUGGGAGUAAAGGAGGACUGGAUGGCCGAAAGUUGGGAAACAUCGAGUCACAAUGUUGCAUUUCACAUCUUUUCCAUCAAAUUGGGUUGGGUUGGGUCAGGUCACGUCAGUUCAAGAUCGUUCUGCACUGGGGUCAUUAUCUUUUUUUUCGGCAUCGCUGCUAGCUACCCAACGGUGUUUCUGUCGGCGGUCUAGUUGGUUUUCAUAUCGAUAUCCCAAAAUGCGUUCUAUUUUGUUCUUCGUUUGUGUCCAGGGUCUUUGUGUUUCCUGCGUCCCGGUUGUUCUUUUCCAAUACUGUGAAUGCGGGUGCAUAUCAGGGAGGCCAGGCAGAUGUGUUUGGACAGAUCAGAAACCAAGAGGAUGGAUGUAUAGACACACAUAUGGACAGCCCGGGGCGCUUGGUUGAGAAAUUCAAGGAUGUUAUGAUGGAAGAAAGUAGGACUGGGAGUGUCAGAACUCAUAGUGACUCGCAUCGCACACAGGAGUUUUUUAAUCCGCGAAGGAUUUCC